AUGGCACCAGCUACACAGGGAGAUCCCGAGGUGCCUGUGCCAGCCCCCAACUUCAGCGUUACUGGGCCGGCGGCGAAGACGGCCAUCGAUCAGCCAGAGGAGGUGCCCAUCGCUGCGCCGAUCAUCAGUGUCACCGGAGGUGCCCCUCCUCCCAGCAAGGAUAAGAUCGAGCUGCCGGAUGCCCACGAUCCCGUCACAGGCUCAGGGCGAUGGCUCUACGAGACGAAGCUGGGGGAAGGCGGCCUGGCGGUCGUCUUCCAAGCUUGGGAUACAAAGGGAGGCCUUGGCCAGGUGGCUGUGAAGGUGCUGAAGAAGCACUCCAAAGCACAUGCCAGACAUGCCUUUGCGAUGCAUAGAGAGAGCCAGUGGUCGCUACAACGCCUCCACAACCAUUCCGAUCCCCGCUACUCCGAGUCGCAUGCCAGUCUCUUUGCCAGGUAUCUUGAAGACCAUACGGGCUUCACAGACCUUGGUCCGAGUGACUUCGAGGAGCGCCGCAAGGAAUACGAGUCGCCGAAGUUUGACUGGUCCAAGCACCGCAUCAUUCUGCCUGGGAAGCCUUAUGUUGUGAUGGAGCUCGCCCGUGGCGAGACGCUUCAGACCGCCAUGGAUCGAGAAUAUCGGCCAGCAAAAGUGCACGAUCCGCCUUGCCUCUCCCAAAUGGAGAAGCACGACGUGAUUCUGCAGUGCAUUAUGGCUUUGGAGUAUUUGGAGCGGUUCUGUCUAAUCCACCGCGAUUUCCGCGGCUGCAACAUGCAGCUGAUCGCGCGCCGGAAAGACCCUGCACCCUGCAAGCUCAAGAUUCUCGACCUCGGAGUGAUGAUCUCAGCUGAGGUUGGCAUGGAGAAGAACUGCAACAUGGCAGUGCAGGCCUUCCGACGACGGGGCGAGACUGAGGAGCAACGAAAGCGCUACGACUGGCUUCCCUGGGAGGCUGCACAGGGCAGCAGCGGGAGUUGCCCCUCGGAGAGCAACCUCCCGAUCCACCUUUGUUUGGAAGAGAAGCGCAGAGGGCAAUGCAAGAGUGGCCUCUUCAAGCUCCUCUUCUACAUGGAUCACCUCAGUUGCCUUCAGCUGGAACUGAAGGUUCGGAUCGGGCCUCAUCUACCUCGAUACCACGAGAGCUUGUGCAGGAAGAAGUUGCGUGCGGAAAAUGAAGCUUUGAUGACCUGGAGUUCCAUGGAGUACCUCAGGGAGAUCGGGCUUUGGGGCAACACAACGUACCUCAAGGAGAUCGGGCUCUGGGGCAGCAUGAAGUACCUCAAGGAGAUCGGGCUUUGGGGCAACACAACGUACCUCAAGGAGAUCGGGCUCUGGGGCAGCAUGAUGUACCUCAGGGAGAUCGGGCUUUGGGGCAGCAUGAUGUACCUCAGGGAGAUCGGGCUUUGGGGCAGCAUAACGUACCUCAGGGAGAUCGGGCUCUGGGGCAGCAUAACGUACCUCAAGGAGAUCGGGCUUUGGAGUACAAUGAUGUACCUCGGGGAGAUCGGGCUCUGGGGUAUCAAGAUCUACCUCAACGUGAAACAGCUGAGGCGACUGGAUCCUUAG